AUCUUCUUCUUUUUUGUUACACCUUUUAAUCAAGAGAAUUUAGGAGCUAUACACACCAGAAUCGGAGAAAUUUGCAGACUACCCCCGACACUGUUAUUUUUUUUUUAAUACCGAAACACCCUUAUACCACCUCAACAUCCAUAUCUCGUAUUUGAAGAUUUUCUGUCAGACCUUACACCUUAAGACCCUAUUCUACACGAUAUGCGCUUGACCUCACAAGUACUCAUAAUUAUUAUACCCGGGUUAAAUGAAAAUACAUAAAUUACAUUUAAGAGGUCUAUACGAUUAAAGUCACCAUUUUUUUUUUGUUUUUUUUCCACAAACUCUUCAAUCUCAAUUCAUUCGUCUUUAUUUUUCUCUCUUUUUACAGUGAAACAAAGAUUGGAUCUUAGAGUGUAGACAUGGAAAAUCUUUGACUACCAACGCUCAUGUUUGCUGCUGGUGAAGAACCCAACGACGAGAGGGUUAAUACGUUCCACAAACCGAAGAGAAUCGAAACCAUACUCGAAGCUUUAAAUCCAGAGGAGACUCAACUUGUGUUUAUGGUGGCAGUUCCUCAGAUUAAAGAGGUUGUUUCACAGGUUGAACCGGUCGUGUUGAUUAAGUCAAGACUCCGAGUCUAAACCAACCCCACCUCUAACAGUAGUUCGGUAUUGCAUAAACCAGAUUUUUUUAUGAGAAACCAGAUUUUCAACUUUUUCACUAUUUUACACGUAGAAACCAAAAUCCAUAAUUUGUGGGUUUCUACUAUUGAUUACGUGCACUUUGUUUUUUCUAUUAACAAGUCAAUUAUUUUCAUAUAUAAAUUUACUUCAAACAUUUUAUAAAACAGACAAAAACUCACAAAAAGUUUCUCUACCAAUCAGGUUACUGAAUUUUGUUUAUGUAAGUUAAUUCCCUAAUGCCUUAAUCUAUAUUUUGUAUCAUAAAUAUAAUAGCAGAGUUUAUUAAAUUUGUUAGUUAUAAGUAUUAUGUAUUUAUUACACUGGAAUUUAAUUUUGUAUAUCCAGCUAUUAAGUUUUAUUUUAUAAUAAUUGAAUAACAUAAAUUUUAUACAGUUUGUCAAACAUAUAAAAUAUAUUAAAUUUUAUUUAACAUGUUUAAAUAGUAAACUAACUACCAAUUAUGUACUAUUUAAUGCGUGUAGUAAUAUUUUGUUAUUAAUUAUUAUUUCAACUUCAAGCAAAAAUAAUUAAUUAAAUAUUGAAAAAUUAAAAUUAAAAAAUCAUUAGUCAACUUUUUCUUAAAAAAUAAAACUACACUCAAAAUCAAAAUCAAAAACUAAAACUUAAAAUUUUUAUUAUUAUUUUAAACAAAAAGUCAAAAACCAAAAUCUAAAAACCAAAGUCACCAUUCAUAUUUUUUUAAAAACUAAAUCUACUGCAGAAUCAAAAACCAUAAACUAAAAUCCAAAAUCUAAAAACUAAAAUCUAAAAGCCAAAAACCAAAAUCUAAAAUCUAAAAACCACCCAAAACGAUCAUCACCUAAAGAUCGUUCAUGGGCGGGGGCCGUACUAAGAAUCUGAAACGGUGUCGUUGGCUUAUUAAAAUCUGAAACGGUGUCGUAGUGGCUCUUUGACCCUCUCUCCAGCCAGUUCAAGACCUUCGCCAACGUCUUCAUUGCUGUCGUCGGCGCGGGGGUUCUUGGUCUUCCUUACGCCUUCAAGCGCACAGGAUGGCCCAUGGGUGUCCUCCUUGUGGCUAUGAAUGCCUGAGACUGGUGGCUCAUGUACUGUUUUGGUCGUUACCUUGUUGCCUGCUUAGGUGGGGAAGGUAGGACCAUUGAGUUUAUGCAACGACAAGGCCGCAAGAGCUUUAAGACUCCCCUCUUACUAGAUCACAACGAUGAUAAGGGAACUAUUAAACAUCCUUUCCCUAUGAAUCUUUUCUUAAAACCCUGGAGGCUCAGUCACUGGUUCUAUCAAGUUGUUAAGUUUGGUAUCGUUCAAUAUAUGAUUAUAAAGUCUCUCACUGCCCUCACUGCCCUCAUUCUUGAACUUGAAGCCUUCGGUGUCUACUGUGAAGGAGGGUUUAAAUGGGAUUGUGGGUACCCUUACUUGGCAGUUGUUCUAAAUUUUAGCCAGUCAUGGGCAUUAUACUGUCUGGUUCAGUUCUAUGGUGCAACAAAAGAUGAGCUUGCGCACAUAAAGCCCCUUGCCAAGUUUCUAACAUUCAAGUCAAUCGUGUUCUUGACUUGGUGGCAAGGUGUUGCCAAUAUUGCUCUUCUCUCUUCCCUCGGUUUGUUCAAAAGUUCCAUUGCACAGAGCUUGCAGCUGAAGACUAGUGUUCAAGAUUUCAUCAUUUGCAUUGAGAUGGGUAUUGCUUCGGUUGUUCACCUGUAUGUCUUCCCAGCAAAACCCUACGGUCUACUGGGAGAUCGCUUUACUGGAUCGGUAUCAGUUCUGGGGGACUAUGCAUCGGUCGACUGUCCUAUUGAUCCAGAUGAGAUUAGAGACAGUGAGAGACGAACAAAGGUCCGCCUGCCACAUCCUGACGUUGAUAUCAGAAGUUGUAUGACCAUCAAAGAAAGCAUGAGACAUGUGUUCGUUGGUGGAGAUGAAUACAUUGUGAAAGCCGUGAGGUUCACAGUGACUCAAGCAGUAGAGACUAUGGAGAAGAGCAUAACAAAGUUCAAUGAGAAACUGCACAAGAUCUCGCAGAACAUAAAGAAACACGAUAAGGACAAGAGAAGAGUAAAAGAUGACAGUUGCAUGUCAUCAUCAUCAUCUAGUCGGCGAGUGAUUCCCGGGAUCGAUGAUCCGCUUUUGAAUGGGAGUUUUAGUGACAGUGGAGUUACAAGGACUAAGAAGCACAGGCGAAAGUCAGGGUACACGAGUGGGGAAAGCGGGGGAGAGAGCAGUAGUGAUCAAGCUUAUAGUGGAUUUGAAGUAAGGGGUCAUAGAUGGAUCACAAAAGACUAACUUAAAAACAUUCAAGGAGAUUUUAUCAUAAACAUCCGAGAUUGAUGAGACCACCGGGUGUUGUUUCUCCUCAACGUGCAGGGGUUUUUGCAGGGCACCUAGAAGCUGUUAAGUAUUGAAUAUAUUUGUGUACAGAUUUGAAGAUACAUAUCGUAAAUGAGGCAUGAUUUUUUUUAUAAAAAUGGACCUUCUUGUUGGCUUUGUCUUUCUAACAAAAUGAUGACAUUAUAGUUUAUUCUAGACCAAGUAACUGCAGGUUGUAUACUUUUUUAUUUGCAAGUUGCAGAAAUCCAAAAAGGGACGAGCUUGACUCAUGGCCAUGGGAGUGCUUGGAUAUUGACUAGAAGCGAUUAUGGGAAGGAUGUGCAGAUGACAAGGUUAAGGAGAUUGAUAGAGCACAAUGUAUAGAAACACACCGUGUUUGACAUGCCUAAUACCAUCAAGGAGUACAUACAUGUAAUUGGCAGGGCCUCUAGGAUGGGAGACCAGGGCAGUGCCAUUUUGUUUGUAAACGAGGAGAGCAAACAUCUGUUCCCUGAUUUGGUUGUGGCUUUAAAAAGUUGUGGAGCAGCCAUAAUUGGUUUGAUCUUUAAAUUUUUCUGUUUCAAGUUCAAAAUUACAUGAAUGACAGACUUGGAGAAUGGGGAGACCAUAUUACCCUACAAUCUGCGGCAGAUAGGUUUGCAGCAAAGAUAUGCCUGCUGACAUCCUUCAGAGACACUUGCUUCAUUGAAAUUAUGCCUCAAGACCAAGCACCUAAGCGUGAGUUAUGGUUAAGUUUCUGGUCAGAGGUGCAUUAUAACUCUUUAUACGAUAAUAAAGCGGUUCCAGUUCAGCAGAAGCCAAAGAGAAAACAUUGGUUGUUCUAGAAAGCAAGCCUCUCACAUUGAUAACAUUUUCGAAUUUUAUUCUUUUAGUAUUGUGCAUAAGUCAACAGUUUCAGACGCCGUAACUCUUCCUUCAUACUUGUAUACACACGAACUAGCUUGAGCUAUAACAUUUUUAAGCCAAACAAAAUAUUACCCAACGAAUAUA